AUGGCGGAGUACGAGGCAUGCAUCUUUGGUAUUGAGGUUGCCAUUGAUCUUAGGAUCAAAAUUCUUGAGGUUUAUAAAGACUUAACCUUGUUCAUCAACCAAGUCAAAGGAGAAUGGGAAGCUCGAGAUCACAAGGUAAUCGCUUACAAGGAGCAUGUCCUAAAGUUGGUCCUAUACUUUGACGAGAUUACCUUUCACCACAUCCCUCAAGUGGAAAAUCAGUUGGAUGAUGCCUUAGCUACUCUUUCAUCCAUGUUUAAAGUCAAAUAUAAGAAUGAAGCACCAACUUUCCACCUUGACUACUUGGACGAGCCAUCUUACUGCCUGGCAGCCGAAGAAGAAACUGAUGACCAUCCUUGGUUCUACAACAUCCUGAAGUUCCUAGAAAGCCAAAAGUAUCAUGAGAACGUAUACAUCACCGACAAGAAGUAUCUUUGGAAACUAUCAUCCAGGUUAUUUUUAAGUGGAUGGGUUUUGUACAAGAGGAAUUAUGAUUCGGUGUUGCUCAGGUGUGUAGACAAAAGCGAAGCAAACCAGAUUAUAAUGGAAAUCCAUGAAGGUUCCUUUAGACGCAUGCCAUUAGAUAUAAAAUAG